GCACGUUUGCAAUCGAACGACACGUAGUUAUUUUGCACCAAGAUAUUUUAAAGUUUUACUUGUUAAGAGUUACAGUUUCAUCUAAAUUUUGUUUAAGUAGACAUUUCAAGUGACAGCCAAUAUUAUAAUUUAAUUGUAUUUAAAUAAUAUUAGUCAGUUUAAGUAGAAUUUGUGUAUAAUAUUUUAUAAUUUUGAUUUAGCAUCUUCAGUAGUGAACAGUGAUAAACAUCGCGGUAAAACGCGUAAGUGACGGCUGCUGCCCGGCGCUUAGGCCCUUUUAAUCGCAAACUCGAGUGACUAGCGUUGCAUAUUCGUUUAUAAUCGUGUAUACCCACACGAUGAGUUCGUGCUUUGAUUGUCAACAGCUCAUCAGUGCAGCGGAUAAAUUAUGUUGUUAUGAAUGUAAAAAUAACUACCACUACAGCUGUGUUGGAUACACAAAGACCUCCUUCGGUAAGCUUGCGGCUAAAGCUAAGUCAAACUGGAAGUGUCCAGCCUGUAAAUUACCUCCAAAAAACGACGCUACUACUUCUGUUAAGUCAAUAUUCGACAGUCCUCCGCCCCACGCACCCUUACCGUCGAUGGCGGGUAAUUUAGAUGAAUAUUUUAGAAACAUGGAGUUAUCGCUUUUGUCGAAACUAAAGACUGAGUUGGUCUCUUUAAUUGAAGAAAAAAUACUUAAGGACAUCCAGAAAAAAGUAGGUGCAAUACCGCAAGUAAAAACACACCUUGAUGAAAUAACGCAAAGUCUGAGCUUGUUGUCGGAUAGGUACGAUACAAUAAUUGCAGAAAACCAACAAUCACGGGAAAAGAUCAGUAGAUUGGAGAAGACAGUUUUAAAUAUUAACAAUAAGUGUGUGUAUUUGGAAAAGUGCAACGUUGCGUUUGAACAGGAGAUCCAUGAAUUCGAGCAGGCUUCUCUAAAUUACCGCAUAGAAAUAGUGGGCAUCGAAAAACUACCAGGUGAAAAUCUCAAGGAGGUUAUUUCUAAGGUUGGGGACAUAAUUAAUGUAAGUACAUCAGAAAUCGAGUGGGCCAGGCGAACCACGACCACCCGCCCUCUGAAAAGUAGCGCAAAACCGGCACCUAUAGUGGUGAAAUUCAAGGCCUCAGGAGCUGACUCCCGUGACACCUGGUUGGCGCAGCGCCGUAAAAUUAUGCAGGUGACGAGUGACAAAAUCACAGGUGGAUUGGCCACCAACAAAAUAUACAUCAACGAAGCACUUACUAAGGUAACUAGAACCCUGCUGUGGAACACAAAGAAGCAGCUUCAUGGCGUAUAUAAGUACAUAUGGGUAUCUAGUGGUAAAAUUCUAGUUAAAAAAAGUGAAGCAUUCCUGGAUUCGAUGUUAAUGUACACACUCGUUAUGGGCGUAGAGGUGGAGGAGUGUUGGUUUACUCUCGCGCGGGGUUGUGCGCGCGGCUUAAUCCUAUCCUUGUGAAUGGCGAGCGCGCAGCCGAGUUUGUUUCCAUU